AUGGGUACAGAAUUAAAGUUUAGCAUAGCUUUCCACCCUCAAACAGAUGGACAAUCCGAGAGGACGAUUCAGACGCUAGAGGAUAUGCUUCGAAUGUGUGUUCUGGAUUUUCAGGAAAGUUGGGAAACUCAUCUGUCGUUGGUUGAGUUUGCGCCAUUGUUAGGGCCAGAGAUUGUCCAGUUGACAAGUGAAAAGGUUAGACUUAUUCGAGAAAGAUUGAAAACUGCCAAAAGUAGACAGAAGAGUUAUGCAGAUAGCCGGCGAAGGAAUUUGGAGUUUGACGUGGAUAGUCAUGUUUUUGUGAAAGUUACCCCAAUGAAAGGACAUCCAAGAUUCGAAAAAAGGGGUAAACUGACACCCCGAUAUAUUGGUCCCUUUCAGAUCUUAGAAAAAGUGGGUCCAGUGGCCUACCGAGUUGCCCUUCCGCCACACAUGAGUCAGAUUCAUAACGUGUUCCAUGUUUCUAUGCUUCGAGGAUACCUUCCAGAUCCGUCACAUGUCAUCGAUUAUCACCAAAUUGUGUUGACUGACAAAUUAACAUACGAGGAAAAACCAAUUCAAAUUCUGGACCGUCAAGUGAAACAGUUACGAAACCGACAAAUUCCAAUGGUAAAAGUGGAGUGGCAAGAGCAUUACGGAACCGACGCAACUUGGGAAAAGGAAGAUGAAAUGCAACACCAAUAUCCGCAUCUAUUUCCGCCCUAUGAUCUCUGUUACAAUAUAAAUUGGAAUUAUGGAUUGUUUCCACAAACGUGGGAAGACCCAUCAUUUGCAAACUCUGAAGUUGAGAGGGCACUUGGAGAUAACGAUCCAGUCGAUCUUGUUGAGAUUAGUCAAACUUGUGGAAAGAUAGGACAGAUUAUGAAGGUCAGGCCAUUAGCUGCCUUAGCAAUGCUUGAUGAAGGGGAACUUGACUGGAAAAUAGUUGCAAUUUCAUUGGAUGAUCCAAGAGCUUCACUUGUUAAUGAUAUUGAUGAUAUGGAAAAGCAUUUCCAGGGCACUCUCACUGCAGUCAAAGACUGGUUCAGAGACUACAAGAUCCCUGAUGGAAAACCUGCAAAAAAGUUUGGUCUUGGUAACAAGGCAGCAAACAAGGAUUAUGCUCUUAAGGUAAUCACCGAGACCAAUGAAUCUUGGGCUAAACUUGUGAAGAGAUCUGUUCCUCUUGGAGAGUUUUCGCUCGUGUAAAUAUGAACACUAUAAAGUUUGAGGUGCUGGUGCUUCUGCUUGUAACUUUA